UUAAACGUGUCAAUCAGCACCUUGCGCAGUAAAUUGUUGUCCUGUUGAAUGCUUUUUUUUAGGGUUAGGGUUUUGCAAGAACCAAGUAAGAUAUAGCUCCAUCCAUCUAUCUGGGGUUCUAAUUUUCCUCUACAGAGAGAGGUGUAUCAAUGGGGAGGUACAGAAGCCGAAGCAGAAGCUAUAGCCCUAGGCGUAGCAGAAGCCCACUGCGACGCAAGCAAUACGAUGAUAGUCGGUCUAGCAGAGCCAGAAGAUCACCUGCCCCUUCUGGUCUUCUUAUUCGCAACAUCUCUCUACACGCAAGGCCAGAAGAUCUUAGAACCCGGUUUGAACGAUUUGGUCCACUAAAGGAUGUGUAUUUACCUAAGGAUUACUACACCGGGGAACCACGAGGAUUUGGAUUUGUGAAGUUCCGUUUUGCUGAAGAUGCAGCUGAAGCAAAGAAACAAAUGAACAAUACGGUUCUUGGCGGCCGUGAGAUAAGAAUUGUUUUUGCCGAGGAGAACAGAAAAACUCCUCAAGAAAUGCGUGGUGUUUCUCGAACAAGUAGUCGAGGAAGCUAUAGGAGGCGAAGUCCACCGAGAUCCCCAAGCCGCCGUCAUCGCUCUUACUCACCCUCACCUUCUCCAAUAAGAAGUGAUUUAAGAUUCUAAGUGAAAAAGAGAGACUUAAAGUAUUCAGAAUUAAUAAAGGGAAAGAGAAAGGGAUCAUAAAGUUGAAGAUUGCUUGCUUACCUUUUCUUCAAAGUCUCUCCAGAAGUUUCAUACUAAAUUCACCUUCAUCAACUAUAACCUAAAUUGCAUGGGCUUUCCUAUCAUCUGCUAUUUGGCUUGUAGAUUGUUCUAGCUCCUAAUCGAACCAACUAGUUAAACAUGGUGUGUUGAAUGAUCACAAUCACAAAAGAACAUCAAUUUUCUCUCUUAAUUUAAAUUGUAAGUUUGAUAUGUUGAUGUUGCAAACUAUCCAGUUAAAUAAAGAAUUUAAAGCUUAUAGUUGGCCAAAGAAAGAAUCAUCUUCAAAGAAGGGAAGCCAUUCAAAGUUUUUAGCGGUUGAGGUAUGAUGAAAAUGUCCAUGAAAAGAUAGUAUGAGGUUUUAAAAAGUUGGGCGAGAAGAGCUAUGAAGUUAUCAGAUGCUGAUCAACCCAGUACGCCAUUAUAAAGCCUUAAAAAGUGUUUGGAUCAAAGUUUCAUAUUUUUGUGCAGAAACUCUGAAAGGCAGGUAAAUGUCAUAUUCCAAUCACUUGGGUUUUCUAGUCAGGGUGUAAGUGAAAAUUCUCUUACUCUCUCGACAAAAUACAGAAUAUAUUUUCAUGAGUAAGUUUGUGCUGAAAUUGUUGUUUUUGAGGACUUAGUAUAUAAUUCUGAUUUGGAAAAAAGAUUAUAUCUUGUGAGAAACUAGAGAUACUUUUAAUUAGUCUGUUGUAUUUUCAGUUAAUAUUCAUCUAUUGGUGUUCUAUUUCUGAUUUCGUGAUUUUGACAUUUAAAAUUAUUCUUAGUUUUUUUUUUUU